CACGCUGCUGAUCAGUCAGUCAGUUAGUCAGUCAGUCAGCAGGACAGGAUGGAGCUCAGUCCACUCCCUGUGAUGCUCUUGUUGAUUUCACUCAUCCAAGUGGGACAAGCACAGGAGUUUAAACCAGUUCUGACUGUGCAGCCGAAUGCAUCACAAAUAUUCAGCGGAGAGACAGUUACACUCACAUGUAAUAUUUCGGGAGGAAGUGGACUAUACUACUGGGACAAAGAUGGUGUUAAUGUUCACAGAUCUGCUGAAAAUGUCUACACUAUAAAAGUAGAUCAGAGUCACAAAUACAAAUGUUACGGGUCUAAGUAUGGACAGUCCACGGCAUUUAGUGAUGAAGUGACUCUCUCAGUGAUAGAGAGACCAAAAGCUGUUCUGACUCUGCAGCCUGAUGGACAGAUAUUCAGUGGAGAGGAAGUCACUUUCACAUGUGAAAUACGAGGACAUGCAGACACUGAGUGGAUGUACAUCUGGUAUAAAGAUGAUGUCCAACUUUCCUACACUGAGAGCAGGGAAUAUUUAUUCAUUACUGCUGAGUCUUUCAGCGGUAAAUACACCUGCAGUGGACAGAGAAAAAGUGACUCUCAGACCUCAGAGACCAGCAACGCUGUUACACUCACUGUGUCAGAAAAACCCAAACCGAGUAUGAGUGUGAAUCCUCAGAGCUCCAUCUACACUGGAGACAGAGUUACUCUGAACUGUAGUCUGCAGUCUACUGGAUGGAUUUUUCUUUGGUACAAAGAUCGGAAAUCAGGAUAUCUGUUCCCUGUAGCUGAAGACACCAACACACUCCAUGAAACAGUCUCUAAUGCCGGAGUAACAGUGUAUCAGUGUAUAGCACGCAGAGGGAACUACUACUCAGAGUUCAGUGAUCCGGUCACGAUUACAGUGAGAGUGCUACCAAAACCUGUGGUGUCCAUAAAGCCUGAUAAACAGGUGUACAGAGGAGAGACUGUCACUCUCAGAUGUGACAUACAGGAUGAAGUGGACUCUUACUGGAACUACAGCUGGACUAAAGAUGGUUCUGGUGUCAGCAGUGAACAGGAGUACAGAAUCAGUGGUGCUGAAAUGACACACACAGGUAAAUACACCUGUAGAGGAACAGAGAGAGGAGGCUCACACUCCUCACACACCAGUGAUGCUGUUACACUGACUGUAUCAGACGAAUUUCCUCCAGUGUCUCUGAUCAUCAGUCCCAGCAGAACUCAACACUUUACUGCUGAGUCUCUCUCACUGAGCUGUAAGGACCAGAUUGACUCUACUGGAUGGACAGUGAGAGGAUACACACACAGUGAGACAUUGUUCGAUUGUUCAUCAGUUUCAGGAUCUACAUGUAACAUCAUCUCUCUCUCUACAUCACACACUGGAGUUUACUGGUGUCAGUCUGAAUCCGGAGGACACAGUAAUUCUGUCAACAUCACAGUGCACAAUGGUGAUGUGAUCCUGGACAGUCCUGUCCAUCCUGUGACUGAAGGAAAUCCUCUGACUUUACGCUGUUUAUAUCGCAACCCAAAGAUCUCAGGCUCUGGUGUUGAUUUCUAUAAAAAUUAUUCCAUCCUCCAGUCCCAGACUAAAGGAGAGAUGACCAUCCACACUGUCUCAAAGUCAGAUGAAGGUUUCUACCACUGUAAACACCCAAAGAGAGGAGAGUCACCGAAAAGCUGGGUUUCAGUCAGAGAAACUUCAAUGUCAGUGCUCAGACUGAUCAGUAGUCUAGUGACGGUCUCUGUGUAUCUGCUGGUGACCAUCAUUCUAGCAGUGAAAUGUUAUAGAGCUCGAGGUAAAAACACUUUCAGUACAUUUUACAUAAUUAACAUGACAACAUGUCGUAACAAGAGAAGAAUACAUUUUCACUUUAGCAGAAGUAUAAAUUAUUUGACUCAGUACCAUUUCUAACUGAACAUUUCCACAAUAUACACUUUAGUUAGUAUUAAAGCACUUGUUCUAAAAUGCAGUUACAGUAACUAUAACAUAAUUAAAAUACAAAAACUAAGAAAUAAUUCCGAAGUGUAUUUAAUGAUUGUAAACUUGAUUAUGCUAAAUGAUUAUUUAUUUAUGUAUGUAUGUAUGUAUGUAUGUAAUUGAGUGAUUUCUGUAAGAUUAAGAUGACAGGAUGUUAACGUGGCUGAAGGAAACCAUUAAAAAUUGGUUAUAAUAAUUAAAAGAAAGUUUUAUCUAAUUACUGCUAAUUAUUUUCUAACACAGCUUUCUCUAAGCAUAUUCAUGAAAAAUGAAAAGACUCAUCAUUAGGAAUUGUGUUUAGAAUAAUAUCAAAUUCCAUUUGGCGACUUUUUUUUUCCAUAAAUAU